UCUCUUCAUUUCCUCUCUCCUCUGUCUCUCUGUUCACUCGAUUCGUCUUCUUCAUCUAUGUCCAUUGUCACUACUCUCGUUUUAUUGUAAGAGUUACUACGAUUUGGUUACAGGCGAAUCAUUGUAGAGUGAUGACUGUAUAAUGUCUUAUGCUCAUCAUCAUCGUUGGAGACAUUCCUCUUCACCUCUAUGGAUUUUAACGCCGGAGUUCCUAUGUCCUCUCUUUCUCCUCUGAUGAUCAAUCAAGAGGCAAUGUGGCAAAUGAAUUUGAAUCCAGAUGAAACAAUGGAAACAGGUUCUCACCCUGAACGGCCCGGAGAGCCCAAUUGUUCUUAUUACAUCAGAACUGGUCUUUGUAGAUUUGGUUCCACUUGUCGCUUCAAUCAUCCUCCUGAUCGUGAAAUGGUUAUAGCCACUGCUAGGAUGAGAGGAGAAUACCCUGAAAGGAUUGGUCAGCCUGAAUGCGAGUACUAUUUGAAGACAGGAACAUGCAAGUUUGGAGUAACAUGUAAGUUUCAUCAUCCUAGGAACAAAGCUGGCAUUGCUGGAAGAGUCUCACUCAAUAUGUUAGGCUAUCCUCUACGCUCCAACGAGGUUGAUUGUGCUUAUUUUCUAAGAACCGGACACUGUAAAUUUGGUGCCACUUGUAAAUUCAACCAUCCUCAGCCUCAACCAACAACCAACCUCAUGGUUCCUACUUCAGGCCAACAACAGUCUUAUCCUUGGUCAAGAGCCUCUUUUAUUCCCAGCCCUCGAUGGCAAGAUCCCUCCGGCUACACCUCAUUGAUUAUGCCUCAAGGAGUUGUACCAGUUCAAGGAUGGAACCCUUACAGCGGUCAGCUCGGCGCAGUUUCUCCUUCAGGUACCGGAAAUGAGCACAACAACUACAGAAACUUGCAGCAGAGCGAGAUCAAAGAGUCAGGGGGGUCUCAGUCUCAAGGUUCAUUCUCGGGUCUCAAUCCGGGCUCCUCUGUUCCAUUAGGAGGGUUCUAUGCAUUGCCGAGUGAAAACGUUUUCCCGGAGAGACCAGGACAACCAGAAUGCCAAUUCUACAUGAAGACAGGAGACUGCAAAUUUGGCACAGUUUGCAAGUUUCAUCAUCCUAGAGAUAGACAAGCUCCUCCUCCUGAUUGUCUCUUAAGUCCCAUUGGCCUCCCUUUACGCCCUGGAGAACCGUUGUGUGUGUUCUAUAGUCGCUAUGGGAUCUGCAAGUUUGGUCCAAGCUGUAAAUUUCAUCACCCAAUGGAAGUAUUCGCAUACGACAACACAGCUUCGGAGACAGAUGAGGUUGUGGAAACAUCAAGUGGACAUUCCAGAAGAGUCUCAGUGUCUGAAACAAGACAAGCAACAACUACUACCUCUGGUGAAGACACUACCAACUGAUACACAGCAGUGAGUGAAGAAAAGAGCUUUAAAAAGCUUUGAUUUUUCAGAGAGAAAUCUGUAAAUUUUCACUCUUUUCUCGUUUAAUCUGAAGCAUUUAUAUUAAUAAUGUAUAGAGGAGGUGAAUUAUACAAACUAAUAUCUGAUCUGAUCGCCAUUGUUGUAAUAUUCAUUUGGCGAAUCAGCUGAAUAAAAGUAAUUUCCUCAAAUUUGACUUUGGAGGAAAUAAUAAGGUAAAUGUAUUGUAUUACCGGUUAAGAUCAUCUGGUUUAGAAUCUUCUUAUUACCGGUACAACAUUUAUCAAAUUAUUAUGAAUUUUUAUA